AUGGCACCGGGGAAAAAAGGGAAGAAGCCCGUGACAAAGGGCGCGCCAGCGACAACAGCCGCCGCCGCCACCACCGCUUCGGAUGCCUUGGACGAUCUGCUGAGCGAAUUCGCGCCGGCGGCAGCGGCCCCUGCCCAGCCACAGCCGCAGGAGAAGACUCCGUCGCAGGACAAGAAGCAGGCGAUGGACGUGGACGCUGCUGCUGCCGCGUACUUGGCGUCUCUAGGCGUCGCCUCUGCCGCUGGAGGCGAGAAGAAGGAGGACACGAAGAAGAAGAAGAAGAAGGGCAAGAAGAAGCCCGCGGCGGACGCCAAGAAGGGGGACGAGGAGAAGAAGCCCAUGUCGGCUGCUGCCAAGCUGCUGAUGGAGCGCCAGGCGGCGCUGAAGGCCGAGCAGGACCGGCUCGAGCAGGAACGACUGGAGCUCGAGCGCGUGGCAAGAGAGGAAGAGGCCAAGCGUGUGGCCGAGAUGGAGGCCGAGGAGGAGCUGCGGCGCAAGAAGAAGGAGGCGCGAGCGGCCAAGAUUGAGCGGCAGAAGAAGGAGGGCACGUACAUGACCAAGGCCCAGAAACAGAAGGCGGCCAAGACUCAGGCGGCUCUGGAGGCGAUGCAGCAGGCAGGUCUUGUGCCGGAAGUUGCGGGCGAGAAGACGAAGGUGGUGUAUGCCAAUAAGAAAAAGCAGAGCAAGGUCAUGAAGGGGAUUGAAAAGACAGCGGAGGUGACGAAGCAAGUUGAGGGGGAAGAAGACGAAAAAGUGGGGGACAAGAAGCAGGCGGUGGAUGAAGAUGUGAAGCUGCCGAAAGAGGAGGCAGAGGAAAGUGGAGCCCCCGAUGCAUGGGACGACGACGAUUGGGAGACGAGCGAUGUCGUGGCUUCACUGGAAGAUAAACUCCAAGAGGUGAAAGAAGAUGUCACUGCAGCAGACAGUGACGAUGGCGGGAACGAAGAUCUGUUGGUGCUGGAGCAGGAGAAGGAGCAAGAGCGUUUACGUCAACAGGGCAUUGCGCUGAAGAAGCGUCAAGAGGAGCAGGCGGAGCAGAUGCGAGCGGAAGCUGAAGAGGAGCAUCAACGCUCGAAGGCCAAGAUGGAGGCGGAGCGUAAGAAGAAAGAGGCUGCCGAUCGACGUCGCGAACGUGAGGCCAUUGCACGAGCCAAUGUCUCGCUGGACAAUCUGCGUUCACCUAUUUGCUGUAUCAUGGGUCAUGUUGAUACUGGUAAGACGAAGCUGCUUGACAACAUCCGUAAGACAAAAGUGCAAGACGCUGAAGCCGGUGGUAUCACUCAGCAAAUUGGUGCUACUUUUUUCCCUGUGGAGGCUAUCAAGCAGAAGACGGCUCGGCUUAUCGAGACAAUGAAGCUGGAGUUCCGUCUGCCCGGUUUGCUAGUGAUCGAUACACCUGGUCACGAGUCGUUCACAAAUCUGCGCAAUCGUGGUUCGUCGCUAUGUGAUAUCGCCAUUUUAGUGGUGGACAUUAUGCACGGAUUGGAGCCUCAAACUCUGGAAUCGUUGCGCUUGCUGCGUCAGAAAAAAGCACCGUUUGUCGUGGCGCUGAACAAAAUCGAUCGUUGUUACGGCUGGAAGACGAUGCCUGAUAUGCCCAUUCAAGAAGCGCUAAAGCAUCAAAACGAACACGUCAUUCGCGAGUUCGAGGAUCGCAUGAAAGCGAUUAUUGUAGAAUUUGCCGAGCAGAAGUUGAAUGCCGAGGUUUACUGGCGCAACAAAAACUUGGCAAACACAGUCUCGCUCAUUCCUACCAGUGCCAUCUCGGGCGAAGGUGUGCCGGACUUGUUGAUGAUGCUGACACGCUUGACACAGGAGCGCAUGGCGAAGUCGUUGGCGUUCGUCGACAUCUUACAGUGUACCGUGCUAGAAGUCAAGGUCAUUGAAGGUCUUGGUACGACUAUUGAUACGAUUUUGGUGAAUGGUACACUGGUAGAAGGCUCUACUAUAGUUGUGUGUACCUUGGAUGGGCCUGUUGUGACAAGCAUCCGUUCACUGCUGACUCCGCAUCCGAUGAAAGAAAUUCGAGUCAAGGGGGAAUACAUCCACCACCAAAAGAUGAAGGCUGCCAUGGGUGUAAAGAUUUGCGCGCAAGGUCUCGAAAAAGCUGUAGCCGGUACACAGAUCUACGUGGUUGGUCCUGACGACGAUGUUGACGAGCUGAAGGAUACCGUCAUGUCCGACCUGACGAGUAUUCUGGACUCGGUGAAGGCUACCCGCCGUGGUGUGAUGGUACAAGCUUCCACUCUUGGUGCGUUGGAAGCGCUUCUAGAAUUCUUGCGCACAUGUGAUCCGCCUAUCCCGGUGUCCUGUGUGAACAUUGGCCCCGUAUACAAGAAGGAUGUAAUGCGAGCUUCAGUGCAGCUCGAGCACCAGCCAGAAUUUGCUACCAUAUUGGCGUUUGACGUGAAGGUUCACAACGACGCGACUGAGCUCGCCUCCGAGCUUGGCGUGCGCAUUUUUACCGCUGAUAUCAUUUACCACCUGUUUGAUCAGUUUACGGCGUAUAUGGACAACUUUCGGAUGGCCCGGCGUGAGGAAUUCGAGGAGGUUGCAGUGUUCCCUUGCGUGCUCAAGAUCGUUCCCAGCUGUGUGUUUAACAAGAAAGACCCAAUCAUUCUUGGUGUCGACGUUGAAGAGGGCAUUCUCAAAGUAGGCACCCCUCUCGUAGUACCAUCUGCCGGUGGGUUCUUGGUCGGGAAGGUGGGCUCUAUCGAGCGCGAGCACAAAGAGGUCGACCGUGCUAAGAAGGGCGCGUCGGUUGCUGUGCGGAUAGACAACGAGAGCAGUGUCAUGUACGGCCGUCACUUUGACCACAAGAACAAGCUGGUGUCGCGCUUGACUCGUGAGAGCAUCGACGCACUAAAAGAGAAUUUCCGGGAUGAUCUUCAGAAAGAGGACUGGCAGCUCGUCAUCAAGCUGAAGAAGGUGUUCGAUAUCAUUUAG